UAAGGUCAAGGUGAGAUGAUAGAGAGAGACUCUCUGUCAGUAGUGCGGGAGUGCCUGGCGAUACCGCAUCGUACGAUGGCUCUCAGGCCUAUGCAGAACGAAGCCGCUCGUAGACUGGUGGAGGAGCAGUGGCAGAACGAGCGGGAAGACGUGCAGAAGAAAACGUUCGCUAAAUGGAUCAAUUCUCAACUAGUCAAAAGCAAUUGUUCCGUGAUCCACGACCUCUUUGUGGAUCUGCAAGAUGGAACGAGACUGCUGGCACUUCUGGAAAUACUCACAGGAAAACAAUAUAAAAGAGAAAAAGGUAGGAUGCGAGUCCAUCAUCUAAACAAUGUGAACAGAGCACUUCAAGUCCUUGAACAAAAUAAUGUAAAACUUGUAAAUAUAAGUAGUAAUGAUAUAGUAGAUGGCAACCCAAAAUUGACAUUGGGUCUUGUUUGGAGCAUUAUUUUACACUGGCAGGUACAUUACCAUUUGAAAGAUCUGAUGUCAGAGCUCCAGCAGACCAACCUGGAGAAGACAUUGCUGGCAUGGUGCAGGCAGAACACUCAGAACUAUUCCGGGGUGGAUGUGAGGAACUUCACAACAUCAUGGUCAGACGGCCUCGCGUUCAAUGCCCUUCUACAUCACUUCAGGCCGGAUUUGUUCGAUUUUGCCAAUGUCACCCGUCGCCACCCCAAUGCAAGACUGGAACAUGCAUUCCGUAUCGCACAGGAGCAGUUUGGAAUUGAAAAACUUCUUGAUCCUGAAGAUGUGAACACGUCAGUUCCGGACAAGAAGUCAGUUAUGAUGUACGUCAUGUGCCUCUUCCAGUCUCUCCCCCACUCGUCCCUGGAGGUGACAAGCCUCGACUUCCUGCAGUCAGAUACUAGCAGCUCCCUCGCCUCUCCACUGCCUGAGGGUGUGCUGGGCGAGGCGGAGGCCCGGACAUCAAGGCCGGUAAGUCUGGCCACCAACGCCUCUGUGGAACUCGGUGGUUACCAGGUUGCGAUGGAGGAAGUCCUCACCUGGCUACUGGAGGCUGAGGACCGGCUCAGUCAGGACCUCAUGUUGGCGGAGGCUGAUCUCGAGACUAUCAAGGAACAUUUUCACUCUCACGAGGGGUUCCUGUUAGAGUUGUCUGGACAUCAGGAGGGAGUGGGGGCAGUACUAGAGGAGGGAGCAAGAAUGUUGUCUGAGGGAGGUUUGAACAGAGAUGAGGAGGACGAGGUCAGAGUGCAAAUGAGGUUGCUGAAUUCCAGAUGGGAAGCUUUACGCCUGAAAGCCAUGGAGAAGCAAGCAAGUAUCCAUGGGCUGCUGAUGGGUGCUCAGCAGAAGCAACUGGAGUCUCUACGAGAGUGGCUGACUGCCACCGAGGACCGGAUCUCCCGUAUGUCACAAACUGGUCCAGACCUGUCGGACCUGCACAGUCAGCUGGCCACUCAUUGUGAGCUUCAGCAAGACCUUCAAUGCCAGCAGAAGACCGUAGAUGCAUUGUGCAAUCUGGUUGUUGUUGUAGACGAUAACGCUGCAGAUAAUAUGUACUCUGCAAUGGAGGACCAGUUGGCAGCACUGGGAGAACGUUGGGAGCACAUCUGCCAAUGGACGGAAGAGCGAGGGACUCUACUGCAGCAGCUGACCUCCACUGCUAGCCAUCUUCACGACCAGGUCACCUGGUUGCAGAACUGGCUGCAGUCCAAGGAAACAGUGCUGAAGCAGAUGGAGGCUGAGCCUGCCACUGAGAUGGGAGUCAUUCUGGAUAGGAUCAAACAACUCCAGAUUCUAAGGCAGCAAAUGGACGCUCAACAGAAGAGGCUAGUGAAUAUUCAGGAGGCGGCCCAGGAUCUGAACCUGGAGAAGAUAGAGGCUCUGCAGGAUCGCUGGGACGCUCUUGUCAUGAUCAUGGAAAUGCAGUCCCAGAGAAUUACAAAUUCUGGAUUUGAGGUGACUCCAAUGAUAGGAGACAGCUCAGCCACUGUCAGCAGUAGUUUAGCUUGGGAGGAGACCUCACCUUCCUCAGACGGCCAGGGUAGCUGGAAAAGGAGACGUGUGGAGGCCGGAAGAAGCCAGGCUGAGCUGGAGACUGCGGUGACGGAGUACGACAAGUGGCGGAGUACAGUAGAGCACCUGACAGACUCUCACUGUGACAGUGGCAGGAUGCAGCAGCUGGUAGCAGAGUGGCAUGGUCGCCAGCACCAGAUGGACCACCUCUCACAACUCGCUCAAGCCCACAUUCAGCAGAUCAUCACCGAUGGAGGAUCCCCAGAAGCAGAAGAGAGGCGGUUCUCUGAGAUCUCUAGCAGUUUCGAGAGCCUAGGUCAGAAGCUGCAACACACCCUCGCUCAGGCACAGCAGAGAGAGCAGCUACAGCAGGAGCAGCGGAAUGUACAGUCUGUGAUAGAAGGGUACAGUCAGUGGUUGACUGAUAAUGCUGACUCCGCUACUAUUGACAACUGUGUGGCAAAAAUAAAGGCCCUUGAGUCACAGAAAGACCGUCUUCUCACACUUCAGGAGAGUACUAAAGACUUUUGUUCGAAUUUCCCCACUGGAGAUGAAUCAAAAGAGGUCUCAGAGAAAACCCAGAAGUUAACCUCUGAAUGGAAUGCCAUAUCAAAUAAACUGGCUGAUCUCCAAAGGGAGUUGAAUGAGAAAAGCCCAGUUGUGAAGUAUACAGAGGCCAAAACCAAUCUGAUGAAGUGGAUCAACGAUGUAGAAGGCAUGCUGCUCUCGGAGCAUGUAGUGCUCACCCACCCCCAGGCUAUGGAGCAGCAGCUUGUCAAGUUUCAGGAUCUGGAGAAGAGCAUUUCUGAGCAGAAGGCCAGUUAUGACUCUGUCAACUCUGCUGGCAAAGAGUUGCUGCAACGGGCGUCCAACGAGCGACUACAGGAAGAGCUGCAAGAAUUGACAUCUCGCUGGACCGACAUCCCACUCCUGCUGGUCGAGCGGCGAACAAAGCUGCAAAAAGACAUUGCAAGAAUCCAACAACUCAAAGGUGACAUGGAGAAUGUAGAGGCUUGGCUUCAACAAGCUGAAGGUUUCCUUGCCAAUGUUGACAUCACUUCAAUGCCUCUGUCAUCAUUGGAAGCUCAUUUACAACGUUCUCAGGACCUCUUGGAUGAAGCUGAGAAAAUUGAGCCAACAGUUAAAAAUAUUGGAAACACUUGUGAUGAUUUAAUAAAUUCAGGUGCAGAAGCUAGCUUUAUUAAUGAAAUCAACAGCAGUGUAACCAAUCUUACAAAUAGAUGGAAUACAGUGAUCAAGAAGCAGGCUGUGGACUGCAAAGACAAAAUCAACCAGGCAUUCACAAAAUUCAGUCAGGUAUCAACUGGCCUACAGGAGCUCAGCAGCUGGUUGGACUCAGUGGAGACAACAGCCACUGGUGAUUUGGCAGGCAUACAUUCUCCAUCAGAACUGUCCAAGGUCAAAGCCAAAUUCCAGUCACUGAAGGAGAACAUGGAACAUAGAUCUUCAAUGCUAGACAACCUCACAAAACUGGGAAACAAAAUUGCUACCUCUCACAAUGGUGAUGGUGUUGAAGAGUUAAGCAAUAAAAUCUCACAAAUCAACUCAAAGUGGACAACGGUUAUGGACAGUGUGUCACAGAAGUACAAAUUCUUGCAAGACGCCAAUAACCAGUAUGGGGAGUUCAGAGCUCUUGUUGCUCAAGAAAUGGAUUGGUUGGAUAAAUUGGAAAAGCGGUUGAAAAAGUCUCCCAAAUCAGCUGCAGAUGCAGAAGAAAUUUCAGAAGAACUUGAUGAUCUGGAGAACUACAUCCGUAACCACCCAGACGCCCGACUGUCUCGGCUACAGGAGUUAGGCCGGACUCUGGUCAAUAAUAACAUGAUACCCCAGAGUGUACAGGCCGACGUGGAGUCCAUCUCGGCCCGCUGGGGCCAACUGAGCCAACAGAAUGAAGUAGUCAGCUUAGAAAGUAUAGUUGGGAAGCAAUUGGCUAGGGAUCGAACCGUUUUGCUUGAGGGCUCAGUGGUCGAAGCUCAGCAAUUGGAAGGCCAAAUCGUGCUCUUCCUGGAUUGGCUUAGCGAUGUUGAAGCACAACUAAUCUCACGGUUAGACAACGACCUCACCGCUCACGAUUUACCCGACGAUGUCCAGAGAUUGGUGGAGGAGUUUGAGACUCAAGCGCGCACUCUGCAGGAGAUGGAGGAGCAGGUGCGCAGCUACAAGGCAGCAGGCAAGCACGAGGCUGCAGCGAGGCUACAUGAGCAGAUGAUCCUCCUCCAGGAGCGUUUCACUGAAAUAGCAGAAAAGUUUGAACGAUUCCGGUCACCGAGCAAUCUGGAGCCUCGUUUGUGUCGAGCCAUGAGAGAAUUGCGGGGAAUCGAAGAAGCCACUUGCCUUUUGGAGCUGGCCUCUGAGGAUCCUGAAAGUAUUCAGGGGCAACUCACCCAUUGCAAACGCUUCUACCAGACAUUGAGUGAGAUCAAGUCUGAAGUAGAGAGUGUGAUCAAAACUGGACGCAAGCUGGUGGAGGAGAAGUCUGUGCCGCAGCACUUCACAGGCCGCCUGGACACACUCAAAGAGCUAUACAAUAAGCUGGGGUUACAAGUAACAGAGGCCAUGUCUGGGCUGAACGCUGCCCUGGACCUAUCCCGAGCUCUGCAGGAGGACAUCCCGGCCCUGACUGGCUGGGCAGAGACUGUAGACAUGGAGCUGGAUCAGGUGGAAGCUACGCCCCACACCGACCGUGACAUACAAGCAGAGAUCAGCUUUGUCAAGGACACGCUGGUCGAGUGUGAGAAGUGGAGGGAGAGGAAAGACAUGAUCAAGAGCAACUAUAGAGAGUUCGCGACGCUAUGCGAUCCUGUAUACCUGGAGGUACUCAAGGAUCGCGUGAGUGAUUGCGUACGCAAGUGGGAGCGCACCAGGGAUAAGCUAAUGCAGGCACAAACUCAACUUCAGGGCUUUACCAAGGUCUCUAAAUCUAUUUUGAAGCCAAGCAAACCGAUGAAAACUGUAAGGAUCAAAGAGCCUGAUGAGCAGUCCAUUAUAUCUUCAGAUUCUCAUGAAGUCAUAAUGGAUUCAGUAAAUAAGCCAGAGGCAAGUAAGGUUUCUCCUCAGGCUGAUGUUUCACAAAAAGGUAAAUCUAAUCUUUCGAGCGCUGAAACUCCCAAACAAGAGGUUACUAGAAAAAGUUUAGCUUCUAGAAGUCACGUUAUUGAGGGUGAAACUCAUGUGAAAUCGAUCCUGAAGAAUGACACUGCAACUAAAGUAUUUGUGACUAAGAUAGAAAUGGAAAUACCAAAUCAAGGACAGCCUCCUGAAACCACCAGCUUCACCACGAGCAGUGAAGACAAGCGAAGGAGUGUUUAUGAGAAUGUGGACAGUGAGACCUCACAUGUCAUAAUAGAAACACCUGAAGAUGAAAAAGAUGACUAUGAAAAUGACACAUUUCACUUGGCAAAGGACAGUGCCCUCUUCUCCCAAGUGUCAAGAAGCACAAUAAUAUGUCCUCAAAAUGUAGUGAGUAUAAAACAGGAGGAUAAUCCUUGCAAAGUUGUGGAAGUCAAAGCAAAGGAAAUCAUAAAAUCAAUAGUUACGUCAACAGAACAGGUAGUUUUGCCUGAAAAAUCAGAUCACUUGGCACCUCAAACUGUUGAAAUUGUUGAAAUUAUUGAAGAUACAGAGACAGAGCCUGAAUCCUCUGCCCCUGAAACUGAUCCAGAAGACAAGUGGCCCUCACCAGUCACAACAAGGAAAGCCGAUGGCAGCCAUAAGCAAAGGAAGACUUGUCUAGCCCCUGGAGAAAUCUUAGCCAAACGUCAAAAACUAGCUUCGGAUGAAGCCCUGCGAUCCUUGAAACAAUCAAGUUCUACAGUAUCAGAGCCAGAGUCGGAAAUUAUGUUAGUUGAUGAUGUCUUUGAUGAACAAAGUAUUAAAGACCAAAAGACAAAAUCUUUGUUGGAUGCUGCUGGAAUUUCACUGAUGGAAUCUAUGGGAAAACCCAAACCACGGCUGACUUUCACUUACUCUGAAGACACACUUGAAACACCUCCUUCAACACCAUUUGAACAACCGGGGAAUUUGUCAUCUCCUCUAUGCUUACAGAUGACAGACAAAGUUAAUAGGAUAGAACAGGCAACAGUAAAAACCUUUGAUAAGGAAUUACCUAAAGACCAGGCUCUGGAGAGUUCGAAAGAAGUUACUCUGAGAAAAGAAGUAGAAGUCUCCAAGACAUAUCAGAUAAUCGGAAGUUUUCAGAAACCGGAAGAGAUUACCGGACUUACUGUUCCUGCAGUUGAGGAUAACGAUUCCUUCUAUGGAAGUGACAAAGAGACAGAUGAUGUUGUUGUAUUUUCUGAAGAUGAGGGACAUGUUGAUUUUCAAGAUGACACUUCCAGCUCUGAUACUGAAUUUAAUUCGUCACUUUCUCAAGAAACUACAGAAACAAGUUUGAAGGAGACUAUGACGGGCAGUUAUUCUGCCUCUCCAAAAAUCCCUAUGAGAAAGAUUAGUAGAGAGGUAGAAGAGGAAGAAGUCAGUAGGAAGGUUACACGAAAGCCUGAGGUGGACAUCCCUCGAAUUCCUCUGGACAAGGAAAUACAAGAGUUUGAAGAGGCUGCUCAGGAAAUGCUGGAAAGGAUGGACACAAUGUUGGUCACUGUGAGAGGAAUCAACAGUGAGACCGACCCUGGAAAGCGAUUGGAGGUGUUGGAGCGGGAACUGAGCUGUUUGGCACCGGAUGCUGCCACACUGAUCAGCCGUGGUGAUGGCCUGGUGCUCACAGUCCACGCCACACAGCCAGAGCGAGCAAUCACUCUACGCAAGCAAGCACAAGACCAGCUGCGUGCAAAGUGGAGUCAAGUCAUGUCAGAAACUGAGGUGAGGAAGCUACAAGCUCAGCAAGCAGAGUCGUUACUCAGUGAAUACAAUAAUCUAUCUAGGAAAGUUGUCCAGUGGUUGACGGACAUCUCCGAUAGAUUGGAGCGGGCAAACAACAACGAAAAGGGGAUCAAGGAACUGGCUGAAGAGAUUAGCUCUCACAAGUUGGAAAUAGAGAAGCUAAGAAAGAUCUCUUCCGAACUGGAGAUACAACAGGUUCAGCACAGCGGGAUGGAACGUGUCGCUACCAGCUGGCAGAGAGUUAGGAGUAACGUAGCUCAUCUUCACAAGGAUUCCGCCACUCCUGAGAAAGUUGACAUAUCUGGAGACUUGGUGCCGAGAGCCAACAAGCUGCGAGAGUCUGUGGCGUUCCUGACCAGAAAGAUGUCAUCUCCACCACUAAGUGGAGCUGACUUUGCCGAUUUCUCUUUCCAAGAACCAGCUCUUAAGAAUGUAAAAGAAGAGCUUGCCAAGCUGAAACCACUUGUAGAAGGUAUAAUGUCAGAAAGAAGAGGAAAAGAAUCAGAAAAUGUGAAGGGAGUGUUGGAUAAACUUCAGCAGGAGUGGACACAUCUCGGCCAUGUUGUCACAAAGAGGCAGAGCCGAUGGGUGAAGUGCCAUGAAGAAAAAGAACUGUUCAACACAGAGUGCCGUCAGCUUGGUGAGUGGUUGUCAGAGAUGGAAUCUGCAGCCUCUCACAAAAACAAACACCAAGACAUAGAGGAGCAAGCAUUAAUGAAAAUCAGACUAGUCAGGAGUGUGUGCAUGGCUGGAGAAGACAUUGCUGAGCGAAGUGACCGCAAGACUGCCGCAGAAGUGAAGGCCAAAGUGAAUGAGCUGAAGCAACGUUGGAUUAGACUUCUGAUGGACACUGGAGCUUACAAAAAUAAAAUUUUUGGAAUGGAAGGCAGUCCAGUAAAGGCACAAAUAGAGGUAUUGGAGUCGAGGGUAGCAGAGGUGAAGUCUCUACUGGCAGACCCUGUUAACCCUUCUGACGACAUGGCCUUAUCUGUCAGGCUUACCAAUAUCAGUACAAAAGAAGAGGAUUUAGCUACAAAGUUACAGGAAAUAUCGACUCUCAGUGGCCAGGAUGAGGCAGUUGAGAAAUCAAUCUCUGAAACAAAAAAGGCCUUAUCAUCACUUGCAGAACAUCGUGAACAAGUCACAGCUAAACUGAGUUCACUGAAGAAAUUGAAAACCCAGCUGGAUAAUGUAACAUCCUGGGUGAAUGAGACAUUAACUCGCAUUAAUAUCAGCAAAGAAUUGCCUCCUACGGAGAAAAUCCGAAUUGUCGACAACAUCAUGACAAUGGUGUUUGAUCGAGAAAUUGAGGUUAAAGACGUAAAAGAAAACUUUACUAAUCUUGAAAAAGAGUGCCAAGCAGUUAAGAAACCGAUUCCAGCAGAUUUGCAGGAUAAAGUAACCAAACUGCUGGAUGACUGGAACCAGUUGAGGAACCGUGGAGAGAGUGACAGAGAAGCGGUUGUGACCAGCAGCAAGGCUAGCACCUCGGCAGCCGAGGCAGCAGCCGCCAUCAAGACUCUAACUACACCCACCAAGGCAAGCAACACUAAAGGACUGUACAAUGUGAGCCGCACCGCCCGCCAUGUCCGCUCGGUGGAGGUUCAGACGCCCGCCGCCAGUCCGUCCACUCCGCCCCGGCUAAGUCUUCUCGCCAGCUUCGACAAGUCAAUCCUUCAGAUCCGCGACUGGCUGACUCUGGAGGAGGAGAUGUUGCGACAACAGGCCGUGGUCGUGGGCGAUGUGGACGACAUCCACCAAGUCCUCGACAAACAGAAGAAUGUUCUGCGCGAGUUGGAGCAGAAGAAACCGCAGUUGGACGAACUUGUCCACACGGCGGAGAAUCUCAAGGCCGACUCCAAUCGGCAGCAGCUCCAUGGCAAAGUGUCCCCGGAGACCCGGGCUAGCCUGUACCACCUCCGCGAUUGUCUGAGAGUUACCAAGCUGAGGGAGCACUGGGAGGAGACCAACUCGAAGGUGAUGCAGCGGAAGACAGUGCUGGACGCCAUGCUGUCUGACAGCGAGAGGUACGAGGCCAAGAGACAGGAGGUGGAGGCGUGGCUGAACCGGAUGAAGGCUCGCAGGGAGAAGAUGGGGCUGGUAGGCGAUACAGCGGACGUACUGGAGGUCCAACUACGAGACCAAAAGGCCUAUCACGCUGAGCUGCACCAGUACAAACACCAGAUAGAGCUGUUCAACCAGCUGACACAGAAGCUGAUAGCCGUCUACCAGGACGACGACACCAGCCGCAUCAAGAAGAUGACUGAACAGAUCAACCAAAAUUAUAAUAAUCUCAACUCCAGUAUCGUUCUGCGAGGAAAGCUGCUCAACUCCGCGUUGAACUCGUUACACAACUUCGACCGUUCCCUGGACAAGUUCCUGGCCUGGCUGUCAGAGGCCGAGUCCUCCAUGGAGUGUGUGGAGGUGGAGGCGGACCGUGCCGGGGGCAGGCGUGACGAGUCGGCGAACCGUCAGUUCUCCAAACAACUCAAGGACCUCCAGAGCGAGAUCGAAAGCCACAAGGAUGUGUACGCGGCGCUCAACGGCAGUGGAAGGAAGCUGCUCAGCAGUUUGCCCUCCAAGGACGACGCCGUUAUGCUGCAGAGACGCUUGGACGAGAUGAACCAAAGAUGGCACCACCUCAAAGCUAAGAGCAUGGCCAUCAGAAACCGACUGGAGAGCAACGCCGAACACUGGAACGCCCUGCUGCUCUCGCUCCGAGAACUAUUCGAGUGGGUUAUUCGUAAGGACACGGAGCUCACUGGUCUUGGGCCAAUCGGAGGUGACGUCGCUUCUCUCCAAAAGCAGUUGGAUGAUCACAGAGCAUUCCGCAGACAGUUGGAGGACAAGAGGCCAGUAGUAGAGAGUAACCUGCUGAGUGGCCGUCAAUACAUCGCCAACGAGCCUCCACUUUCUGACACUAGUGACACCGAAGCUGGGCGAGACGUGGACGGAGACUCCAGAGGGUACCGGAGUGCCGAGGAACAGGCACGGGAGCUGACACGAUGUAUCCGACGCGAGGUGAACAAGCUGUCGGAGAAGUGGAACGCCCUGAUCGACCGAUCGGACCAGUGGCAGAGGAAACUGGACGACAGUUUAGCGAAAAUGCGAAUGUUCCAAAAGAACAUGGACGAGGCCUCAGGGCGAUUGGGUGCUGUAGAGAGUACAAAGAACAGUUGGGCCAACCCCACCGACGUGUCCCAAGUACCUGAAAUGUUGGAAGACCUGCAGAAACUCGGCGAGCGAAUGGGCCCAUUGCAACGAACACUAGACGAAGUGAAUGACCAAGCUGCCAUGUUCAACUCAAACAAUGUGCUUGUAUCUCCCGCAAACAUCAACAAGCUUCAAGAUCUCAAUACCAGGUGGAAGCUGCUGCAAGUCGGCGUGGAUGAGAGAUACAAACACCUGAGAGAUUUCGGCAAGGAUGGCGCACCUCCCAACCAGAGCUUCCUGUCCGCGUCAGUGGACCACCCCUGGGAGAGAGCCACCACACAAAACAGAGUGCCUUACUACAUCAAUCACCAGUUGGAAACGACUCAUUGGGACCAUCCAAAGAUGAUGGACCUGAUGAACUCACUAACCGAAUUCAACGAAGUUAGAUUCUCUGCCUACAGAACGGCUAUGAAACUGCGCACAGUCCAGAAGAGAAUGUGCCUUGAUCUGCUGAGCCUGUCACGAGCGGUGGAGUCAUUCGACAGUCACGGUCUACGGGCCCAGAACGACAAGCUGCUGGAUGUGACGGACAUGGUCACUGUACUCGCUAGCCUCUAUGAGCUGCUCGCCGCGGAGAACCCUUCCCUUGUCAAUGUGCCUCUCUGUCUGGAUCUGGCUGUCAACUGGUUACUCAACGUAUACGACAGCCAACGCACGGGUCAGGUUCGGGUGCUGUCUUUCAAGGUCGGUCUGGUGCUGCUGUGUAAAGGUCACCUUGAAGAGAAAUAUAGGUACUUGUUCCGACUGAUAGCAGACCCUAACCGCCUGGUGGACCAGCGCAAGCUCGGGCUGCUGCUCCACGACUGUAUACAGGUGCCUCGCCAACUGGGCGAGGUGGCAGCCUUUGGUGGGUCCAACAUUGAACCCUCAGUGCGUAGCUGCUUUGACAAGGCGGGCAAGGACAAGACCACCAUUGAGGCUGUGCACUUUUUGAAUUGGCUGCAGCAAGAGCCGCAGUCCAUGGUGUGGCUACCUGUGCUACAUAGACUGUCAGCUGCCGAGACUGCAAAGCACCAGGCCAAGUGCAACAUCUGCAAGGAAUAUCCCAUCGUUGGCUUCAGAUACCGGUGCUUGAAAUGUUUCAACUUUGACAUGUGCCAGAACUGCUUCUUCUCUGGUCGUAAGGCUAAAAACCACAAGUUAACUCAUCCAAUGCAGGAGUAUUGCACGGCGACAACGUCAGGAGAAGAUGUGAGGGACUUCACCAGGGCUCUGCGUAACAAGUUCAAGUCUAAGAGGUACUUCAAGAAGCACCCGCGGAUGGGCUACCUGCCAGUACAGACUGUACUGGAGGGUGAUGCUUUGGAGAGUCCUGCUCCCUCGCCCCAACAUUCCACACUCACUGCGCAAGACAUGCACACGCGGCUUGAGAUGUACGCGUCACGACUUGCAGAGGUCGAGCUGCGUACACGUACCAAUUCUACCCCUGACUCUGAGGACGAACACCAGCUAAUAGCUCAGUACUGUCAGUCACUCAACGGUGGCGAAUCAGUACCUGUUCCCCGCAGCCCUGGACAGAUCAUGGAAGCCAUAGAACAGGAGCAGAGGGAAGAACUGGAGGCUAUGAUCAGAGCACUAGAGGAGGAGAAUGCCAACUUGCAGGCAGAGUAUGAGCGGCUGCGCAACAAGAGUACGCCUGAGUCGACGCCUGAGGAGCUGCAGAGCGGAGACAACGACAUGGCGACAGAAGCCAGAUUGCUAAGGCAGCACAAGGGCCGACUGGAGGCCAGAAUGCAGAUACUGGAAGAUCACAACCGACAGCUGGAGGCGCAGCUGCAGAGGCUAAGGCAACUUCUGGACGAGCCUAACUCAAGCGGGUCACCCAUCAAGACGGGGACGCUGCAGACACGCUCAGUCACUGCAUCCCAGCUGGCAACCGACUCCCCGGCCAAGAUGAAUGGCCACUAUUCGGAUCACCAAGGAGGUCGAUGGAGUGAGAGUGGGCGAGGCAGCCUGGAUCGCCCCCCUCCACCUCCUGUGAGCGCCUCCCAAAACCUCGGCAAUUUACAUCACAUGGCAGGAGACCUGGGGAAAGCCGUAUCCGAACUGGUAACCGUGAUGACGGACGACGACAGGGCUUCUCCUGCCAGUGACUCGAGUAGUCAGUGACACAAUCAGUCAGUGAGCACAAGUCAUCUACCGACCAAUCAUAUCACUUCCAUCUUUCUAUACAUUUCAUUUAACAUAUCUAUCAUUAACAAGAUUCAUAUCCUUGAUAAGUUUAAUUAAUAAUUUAAAUUGUAAAUGACACAAUACGAUGUUGGAUAUUAAGCCAUUUAUAAAGUAGUGACACACUACAUGUAAGUAGUAAGGGGAUUUAUAGCUUUUAAUUGAUGCGAUAUAUAAUUAAAUUAAAAUUGUUGCACAAAGUUUUUGUUUUGUUUUGUUUUAUUUUUUACCCUUUUGUUUCUUUUCAUUUUCAUUAAUUUUUUCUCAAAGGCCUCCUUUAAUUUAGGAUUGUAAUGAAAAGUUUCAGAUUUUUAUAUUAAAAAGGUGGUAUGGAAAUUGAUAUAUUCCGUUUUUCACAGUUUCUUAUUGAACAGGGGCGUACUUAGUAUUUUACUUUACUUAGUAUUUUAUUUUGAGGGCUGAUGAUCAUUCAGCAGUUUAUAUUACUUAUUUUUACGAAGAGAAAUAUUACUCAAGUAAAACAUUAUUGAGACCUAUAAAUAAAUACAGCAUCAGACAUAUAAUUUAUGUUCUGUAAAAAGUUAAACACUAUGGUACAUUUCAAAACACAGAAGCGGAGAAAUGCUAUUUCUCGAACCUUGACUUUUCUUAUUUGUAACAUACAAAGAUGUUAAAUGUUACAAAUCCUUUUUUUGUGUCACAUCAUUCAUUGUCCAUUAUGAUCUUUAAACAAAGAAUAAAAAUACUUAUAUCCGUAAUUCAAACUCAUUCAUAUUCUCUACUGAAUACGCCCUUGUUAUUUUAUUUUUAUCAUAAAAUAUUUUUGCUGUUUUAAAUUUCUUGAUAAUUUAUUACUGCAUACCCAACCCUAUAAUAUGAGGACCUAUUGUAAGAUUUUUAUAAUUAGGAUUUGUUGGUUAUACAUGAGUUACUGUAGUUGAUUGAACUUAAUAAUACAGGUUAUUAUAUCACAAUAUAUUUUUCAUCUAUACGAUUUUGCCACUUCAGAGUAUGUUUGCCUGCAAAACUCAUUUACUGAAUUUCUAUACACUUAAUUGUGAAUUUGUUUUAAUAACCUAUAAAUUGAAUAAAAGAGUAUAAAGAGAGAAAAUAAUGUGGGCAUCUUACAAAAUCAAUAGCCUACUGACCUACUCAGUCUUUGUGAAAGCCAGAAAGGACACUGAAAUUUGUUAUGUGUUAAUAUUAAGAUGUAUAUUCAUCUAAAAUGUAUUAAAAUUAAAGAUCAUGGUCUUUUUGUCUAACGAGGUAGCAGGUAAAAUAGUAAUCAUGACUUUUUGUUUUACUUAUAACUGUUUUGCAUGUUUUUCCUGUUUUCAGGACUAUUUCAGCUGUUAAAAUGAACAAUACUCAAUAUUAACUUAAAUAUUAUAUUGAGUAGUUUAUACAUAAACUUUCAGUAGCCUAUUUAAACAUUUAUCACUGAAAAAGAUAAAAUUCCAGGUGUUCCUUUCAUUACGUUGAUGCAGUUAAAACACUGGAAUUAGAUAUUUGAUACUCGUAUAAUACAAAUUAUUAUAUUUUUACAUAUUAUGUAUUUUAAAAUUAUUUGUAUUUAUUUUAAUUCUAUCAAAGUAUGAUGUUUCCUAUGAAAAUACAAAUUAUUUAUCCAUAAAUUGUUUGGAUUUAAAUUUCUUAAUUAUUAAUAUUGAUUGUUUUAUCUUUGAACAAUCUUCUAUUACUACCACAUUUUUACAUUGAAUAAGUAUUACUAAUUUUACUGUUCCAACCAUGAUUUUGUUUAUUAUUUUUAUUGUUUAGGUAAAAUACUGAUUAGUAUUUAGUUUACUCCAAACUAUUCCAAAAUAUCAAAAUUUUUCUUCUUUCUGCAAACUAUAAAUGUGUACUAGGUGUAAUUUUGAGAAAUAUUUAGUCUGAAAUAACAAUGAUGGUACAUUUUAUUUCUUAUGAAUAUAAUACAAACAGUUUAUUUCUGUUUUUCCACUUGAAUUUGCUCAAGCUGUUUUUGGACCAAUGACAACAAUCAUUUUGUAUUUAAAACCCCCUUAUGUUAUUUUACCAUGUUAAUAAGCAAGAUCUUAACAAGACUGUUGUGUGAACACAACAAUUUAUUUGGCUUUUCAGAUUUUAUUGUUCAGACCUUAUUAGUGUUUUUUUCUGCUGCUAUAAUACUUGAAUUCUUAAAUAUAACUGACUGAAUUUUUGCUGAUUUUCCCAUUUGAGAAGCAAGUAGCAAAUUAAUUGUACCAUUCCUUAAAUAAUAAAUAAACUAAUAAGAAAUUUUCUUACUGUAUAUUAAAAAUCAUAAAUUUAAAAUAUGUUACUAAAAAAGUUAUUGUUAGCAGUAAAGAGGUUCUCAAAGUAUAUAUUCAAGAUACCUUUGUUGUCACUACUGUAGACAACAUAAUGUUUGAAGUUUUGUUGCUUUUCUAUUUUCUGACCAAAAGUCUCUCUGAAAACACAAUGCCUGUCAUAUAUGUAUCAUGUUCAGGAAGCUGAUUUUUAAGAGUUGUGUUUUCGUUAAAUAUGGAAAACUCUUGAUGCUUAUAUCAGAUUGAUAAUAUACCUUCAGUGUUAGGAACAGUGCAUUGUUUUCAAAGCUUUUUAUGUCAUUGUAGAAGAAGUCAUCACUUUACUGUAAGGUAACUUAAUGUUAUGAGUUGUAGGACUAAUAUGAUAUAUUAUACAAUAAAGGUUAGGGUAAAUGACAUUUUUACAAUUUUAUAGGUAUGAAACAGUUUUUUAUUGUUUUGUGUACAGUAUUAGGAGUUGGUUAUCCAAAUAGCACAAGCUUUAACUGUGAAUCAAUGUUUGCGGCUGCUUAAAUGUUCUCAACCAAACCUGAAAACUUACAUUUCUUAUCUAGUUGAUAACAAACUUUUAUUUUAUUUCCCUUGUGAAUUAAAAAAAAUAAUAAAGUAUGAUUGAUUUGUUUCAUUUUUUGUUUGUUUUACCUACACCAGUUUUAUUUCAACAACCAAUCUAAAAUGGCUCAAUUUAAACGAUUAUUGACUUUGCUACUUGAUAUUUAGUUAAGUCACAAAUAUUCAGAAAUAACGAUAACAAACAAUAUUCAAACAUUCAUAACGAAAGUAUUUUCUAACAGCACGAGUGCUAGUGUGGGGGUGUAGUUAUUAUGUUUUUUAAUUGAUAUCUUGUUCUCCAUUAGGUAUAUCGAAGGUUUGGUUGAGAAUAUGUUGUUUUUGAUGUCCAUGAUAAAGAUAACGUUACAGUGGUAAUGUACAGUCCCUACCCCACCACGCUGUUAGUCUAGGCCCCAUGCAUAUCACGUAGACUAAGCUGUACAUAUUGACCUAACCUAGUGCUAUGUUACUUUAGCUCAACUCUGUUUAUAAGUAUGUGAACUGAACUCUUUAUACUCCAUGUUGACGAAUUGUAAUUAUGUAAACAGUUGGUUUAGUUAGAAAUUGCAAUAAUUGUUUGAAGGAUUAGGCAGUAAGGAUGCUCUACUAUUCUGGUGUGUGCUCUUCAUUCUUGUACAUUUUCUUGGUAUUGUUUAUACCUCAAUUAAGGAUAAUAACUGGUUCGUUUGCAGAGAGAUAUAGUGCAAAUGUAUUGAUUUAUACUAUCAGUCUUUGGAUCUGUGAUAAGAUCAAUCUGUUGGUAAAGUUUACAUGUUUGUUAUGGACAUCUCGAUUUUAAAAAUUUGAUCUUUUUAAAACGAAAUUACUGUCUAUAAAAAUUAAAAAUAAGUUGUUUAAAUAUAAUUCUCACUUUAAAAGUUUGAAUUAUAUUAUUGUUAUAGAAUUUGUUUUUGAUAGAACAUCAGCAGUGAACUAAAUAUUUAUAAUAAUUUUUAUAAGAUUAUAACACUUGUCAAACAUGAAAUCAAUUACAAAUUACAAUUAUUUGACUGGAGUUCAAAUUGCAUUAUUUGAAAAUGUAAUGUAUGAAAAUUAAAUAGCCUACACCAUUUUACACCAAAUAGCUUACACCAUUGUACAUCAAAUAGCCUAUACCAUCGUACACCAAAUACCCUAUGGCUACUAGGUACGUCUACAGUAAAAAUUACAGUGUCAAUUAAAAUGUUUCAAGUAAAAGGUUAAAUAUUUGUUUCUGAACAAUAUGAUUUUGAACUCACAAUAUAUUAGAUGAGUCACCAACCAUUAUCAGUAUUUCUUAUCAAGUUGUUUAUAGGCUUUUACUUUAUUCUUCUCUACAAAAAUCGAAGAGAGGACAACUGUAAGGAUACAAUUAAUCUUAAUUAAUUAAUACAAUUAAGCUUAACGUUAAACCACAAUAUACUUUUUUCAAUUACUCAUUUCUUUUAAAAUUUGUGGAAACAUUCUACAUGUUGACAUUAGUCUCUAUACCACUGUCCAGGAUUGGUCUUAUCACAAAAACAGAAAGAAAUGAUGUUCAAUACAUUUGUUGUUACUGUUAUUAAUUAUUUCUAAAGUUAUUUUUGUAUACAAUUUAUUUUAGGAAUCAAUUAAUGUUCAAGCCGUGAGACUGUUUAGAGGAUAUCUUCCAAAAGUCGUAGUGUAUACAGACAAUGAGUUAUAACAAAAGUGGGUGCUUCCUUGUCAAGCACACUGCUUUGGUUAAUAAAAUGUUUCUCCUUUUUAA